AUGAUCAAACCAUCCUUUGCAGUUAUUGAAUCUUCUUCAAAGGAAACCAAUGAUGUUCAUACUCAUCUCAACUACUGGGAUGCCCCUCCCCAAGUCCCUAUCACGAUUGACUUCACGCACCCCGAUGGGCAGCAAAGGUUCGCCGAGACAGAUAAGCUCCAGAGGCCAUACCCAGUGACUAUUCACGAUAUCCGCGGCCACGAGGCGGAGUAUACCCUAGGCACUCAUGGGUUUCAAUACGUCCGCGACGAAGUUCCAGAGCUCGGUGUGGAUGAUUGGUCUGAUCAGAAGAAAGUCACCGACGUUCUGAUCCCUCAUUCCGAACGGCUUAUCCGAAAUGUUACUGGCGCAAAAGAAGUCAUAACAUUUACACAUCGCAUUCGCUGCUUUGCUACCGACGAGGAGAAGCUCGCUAACAACCGAUCCCCCGCGCAUAGUGUGCACUUGGACUUCACUGUUGCUGGUGCAUUGCAGCACCUGGAAACUGUCCUGCAGGACCCGGAGAGAGUGAAAGAAGUCCUACGGGGACGUGUUAUGGUCAUCAAUGUAUGGCGCCCGCUGCGAAAAAUCAAACGAGAUCCUCUUUCUGUCUGCGACUGGAGGUCCGUGAAGUGCGACGAAGACUUGAUUCCCUAUCAGAUGGUCUUCCCGCACGGACAGAAUGAGCUCGGUAAGGUCAGGUUCACUGAGCGACAUAGAUGGUAUUAUCUCGGGGGUCAGGAAACAUCUGAGCCUCUAGUUUUCAAACAGUUCGAUAGUGGGAAUGGGGACGAGGGUGGAUGGACUUUGCCGCACAGUGCGUUCGAGGUGCCAGGAAUGAACGAAGAAGAUCCCCGAGAGAGCAUGGAGAUCAAAAUGUUCGCAUUCUUCGACUGGGAUUGCCGGUCUAAGGAUUUCACGCCAUGUUUUUGA